UAUCAAGACGAAACACAACGACAAGUUCUACCUUGGACAUAUGUUGGCAUUUAAAAUUAAAGUUAAGCGUGGCUUUUUCAUUGUUUUAGUUAAAAUAUACACAAUAAUUAAAAGAAUAAAUUACUUUUAUUGCUUCUAAAACUUAGCGAACUCUAGUGCCUUUUAUAUUCUUACACAUUUCGUGUAAAUAGUGCGCUUAGAUUUAUUAUGUUAUUAGACGAUAUGUUUCAAAUCUUGAAAGAGAUAUUGUACAAAUUGGGAGCUUUAUCAACCAUCACCCUUCUUUUAAGCGUUGUAAUUUUUUGGUACUACGGAUUCUUUGCAGCUCUUGGUAUCUUCAUUACUGGACUUUCGGGAAUAUUUUAUACUGGACAAGAUCUUUUGCUGUACUAUCCGAAUAUGCCUCCAGAUUCAAGAGAUUUUGUCUUACAACCGAGUAACUUUAAGUUACCAUAUGAAAGUAUUAAAAUCAAAAAUAAAGAUGGAUUGAAGAUUCACAUGUUUCUUAUAAAACAAGAAACAAACUGCAACCAUAUUCCGACAAUGAUAUUUUUCCAUGGUAAUGCCGGGAAUAUGGGUCAAAGGUUACCCAACGCUUCCGAGUUGUAUCAUAAAUUAAAUAUCAACAUUCUGUUAGUAGAGUAUAGAGGUUACGGUCUAUCUGAAGGUACCCCAUCUGAAAGUGGUCUCUAUGAGGAUGCACAGACUGCUUUUAAUUAUAUAAUGGAAAGAUCAGAUAUAGACAGGAAGAAGAUUAUUGUGUUCGGCAGAUCAUUGGGUGGCGCUAUAGCUAUAGACCUGGCGUCCAGAUUCAAAUACAGGAACAAGAUUUGGGCACUUAUUGUGGAGAAUACUUUUACGAGCAUUCCGGAUAUGGCAAAGCUUCUUUUACCAUGGAGAAUUUUGAAAUGGUUGCCAUAUUUUUGUCACAAAAAUAAGUAUAUGUCGUUGAGGAAAAUGGGUCAUGUGGUUUCUCCGACGUUAAUAAUUUGUGGUACCCAGGACGACUUAGUACCGCCAGCAAUGUCGAGUGACUUAUACACAAGGUGCGGAGCUAUUUGUAAGAAGAUUGUACUGAUCACCGGGGGCGGACACAAUGAUACAUGGAUUUGCAGAGACUACUAUGGCACUUUACAACAAUUCCUUCAAACUGUUCCUUCCCUACCGAAUGAAGUAAGUCCCUUUAUUGAUGAAAAUAAUGAUAAUCCCUCCACUAGUGAUCCUUCAAUACAAAUUGUCUAAAUCUAUGUACAUAUUAGUCAUAGAAAUGUUUCAGAUGUUGUAAGACUUUUUUUAAAUUCUGUAAAAUCUUUAUGAAAUUUUAGUACAAAAACGUGAUAUUUUAUCAACUAUACAAGUUUAUAUGAAAGAGUUUUAUUCAUAUUUUUUGAGUACAAUGAAAUUGCUCCGUUUUAUAAUGUUAUAAUUAUUAUUAUUUUUUAAAUCCAGUAAAUGUCAAGUUUAAUUUAAGUUUAUGUUAACUAUUAGGGCGUGUAAUUUCUUAUGAUUGUCUUAAGACAAUGUGUUUACGGUCGGUUACCUCAGCAAAAUUAUAUCAAAAAUAGCCAUCAAAAUAUGUCACAGCUUCUGCAAUUGUUGCGGUUUUUUUUUGUACCUUUAUAUAUUAUAUAUUUAUUUAUAUAUCACAAAAACAUUCUCCGUUUCUUCUGACAGACAUCUUUUCUUUUCUUCACAUUUCAUUUUAUUCGUUAUAUUACAACUUAACCAACAAUUACAGAAUCUGAACAAAACUUACUAAAUAUUUUAUUUUGUUAUUUUUUUGUUGGGGUAAACCAUACCAUAUGGUAACCAAGUAUAAACCGUCAAAGUUAUCUGACCCGAUACCCAUAAGUCAAACUAAAUUAUAGCAGCUCACUAGCGCCCCCCGUCAACGUCAGUAUAGCAGCUUAUAGAUUGUCUGUUUUAUGAUUAUUAGCCGACUUCAAUAAGGAAGUUAUCAAUUGGUCUGUAUGUUCUUUUUUUUAUCUGUGUUAUGAAUUGUCAAACUAUAGUGUGUCUAUUUAAGAUUGAUUUUUCGAUUUGAUAUUGUAUGAGGAUUAACAUUGUACCUACUUAAUAGACGAAUGCCAUAGUGUCGGAACUAACAACUAUGAACUAUCGAAAAUCGGUCUUAUAAUUAUAUUGGUCGAUCAAAUAAGUACUAUACUUACGUAUUUUAUUACUUUUUUAAUUUAUUACAGAUAGUUGGCUAUGUCCCGCACAAUUAACUAAAAAAAAUAAAUUAAAAACAUUUCUUUUUGUUUGUGAACGUCUCAACUUUUGGUUUAAUAUUUUAUUUUUUUAGGUAGUUUUGCAGACAGUAGGAAUAGGAAGUAACUAUUUUAUUUAUAUUGUAUUUCAAUAACAAUAAUCACAAAAUUUUCAUCAAGUUUUAUAAGAACAACUGAAUAAAUCGAAAAUUUUCAUAACCGAUUUUAACACUCCAUCUCUAGUGAAUUGUCAAAGUAAUCAAUCUUUUAUCAACUAAAGAUUUUGGUAUUUUUAUGUUAUUUUCGAUAACAAUGUAACCUACGUUGUUAUAGUAUUGGUACAUUUUCUGACAGAACUAAACGCAAACCGCAACAGCAGCGCCCCUUACCAGUCCAGAUAACUUUGACGUACUAUACAGAAGGUAGAUAAUAUUAUGUCAAUUUGUCAUAAAAUAUUGUAAAUAUAGAAGGCAAAUAUUUUUUAUAAAAAAACUAAAUUGUAUUAAAUAUACAUAUCAAGGUGGAAGUAUGUUAAUUAUACACCAAGGAAAAUGUCUCUAAUUACUAGAGUCAAUUUCACUCACAAGUAUUUAUUCCUUUACUAGCUGUCGCCCGGGACUCAGUCCGCGCGGUAAUAAAAAAAAAUAGUAACCUAUGUGUUCUU